GGCGCCGGCGCCGCCCAGUCAGCCACCGGUGGUGGCAGCGACUUCCACUCGGGAAACCGGGUCUCCGCCUCUUGCUCCCGGCCCGCCUGCUCCGGGCUGCGGCGGCGUCCCCGCCUCUCCGCCACCCGCUGCGCGGCCCGGCCGCGGCGCUGGCGGGGAGGGGGCCGCAGUUGUCGACGCCGCCCCGCCUCCGAGAAGGGAUCUGGAGAGUUUUUACAGUUAUCACCAACACGUUUCCUGUAACACACAGUUUCUUGCCCGUCCCGGUGUAAGAGACUUGGGUUCCUCCAAGUACCCUCCACUGCGGACAGCCCGCCUGUAGGCGGCCGGGAUAGGCUGCAAAACGUCCACAGGGACCACGUUAAAUGAACAAAGACUGAACUGUCACAGAUACUUUUUUAUAAAAGGCCUCCGUGGACUAUUGCUUCAGUCUGACUGAUAAACAAGUUCCUAUGAUGAGCUCACAGAUUCUUGCACAGCCUCACUAUUUGAAGAAAGUUCAUUCUGAAAAUCUGAAGCAGUUAAUGGGUAAAUAUGAUCAGGUAUCUCCACCAAGUUCUCAGCCUGAGAAGGCCUCACCUUGUGCCCUGAGGAAGGAGCCAGCUGUCUGUGGACUGAGACCUCUGAAAACAGAAUCCCUUUUUGCCAACCUAAUGAAGCAUUCAAAGUCAUAUGACUCUUUUCAAGAUGAGCUUGAAGAUUACAUUAAAGUGCAGAAAGCCAGAGGCUUAGAGCCAAAGACUUGUUUCAGGAAGAUGAGAGAGGGCUACCUGGAAACCUGUGGGCACAGAGAGGAGGUCGACUCCAGAGCCAGGUACAGAAUGUCUGACCAGAGACCACCACCUGGACUUGUCCAGACCCACCCAAGAUCAUGCAGUUCUCUACAGACAGCGGACGGCCAGUUACCUCAGUGCCUGCCAGCUCAGGACGGCAGGCUGAGACCAGAGUCCCUGAGCGUCUCUCAGCUCCCCAAGCACUGCUUCUUAGGGACACCAGUGCCCAGGAACCUUAGUCAGCGAGAGUACAAUUGUGGCUCUUAUGACUUGGAGUCCAGUGUUCACAGGCACCUCUCUUCAGGAAACAGCCCCAGCGACCGAUCAGCCGGCCACAAGCAGGCGCAUCAGAAGAGGAAAAGGCACCCCGAGGAGGUUGGAGAGGAGGCAGAGGAGGAGCAGCCCAAGCACCGUAGGAAAAGAGGUUCUGAGGAACUGGGUUUGGGCAGACACAGGAGCAUCCAAAGAAAGAAAGCAAAGGUGGAGACGGAGACAGAAGCCACACAGGUCAGUGCAAGAAAGCCCAAGAGCCGGAAGGAGAGAAAGAGCCGAGCGGCCUCGAGGAAAGAGGGCCGCAAGCACAGAAAAGCCAGCAAGGACCAAGGCCAGGAGAGGACCGAGGAGGAAAUGCUCUGGGACCAGUCCAUCCUCGGGUUCUGAAGCAAGCGCCGGCGCUGGUCCUCCCAGGUGGCGCUGAAGACAGGGUUGCAGAGCUGGUUAUGGUGCUGGUAUGCACAGGGCUUCCUUUGUGAUCAGGCCCUGUUAGAUUCCUACCAGGCCACAGACGUGCAGCAUUUCGUGUGCUUGCUCCCCAAGGGGGAGUCACCGUUUCUCCUUUUCUAAAAGCACUAUUAUGUUGUUCUUACACGAUGGGUUUCUCUUUAGGAGAGUGACUCUGCUUUUAUUCAUCAAACUGCUAGGAUGGGAUUAUUUCCCUUGGGAGAUCAUUUAUUUUAAAUUUGAGGAUGAAUAGACUUUGCAGAAUCUGUUUCUUGGUUGGGAUUGUUUUAGUUUUGAGUGGGAUUUUUUUUUAAGUUGAUUGAUUUUUCUCUAUGCAGCAAUUUAGAUUUUUUUCCUUUGUUAGCUCUAAUGUCAUAUUUUCUAGGUUGGAAAGUGGAAAAUAAAUAUAAUAAUAGUAAGAUAAUGUUUCAUAUAGUUUUAAAAGUUUUGAAGAGUCUCAAUAAAAAAUCAGUUUAUAUUCUGGAAAUGUUUAUAAUAAAGUGUUCUAAUUUCUACACGUUGUUCUGUGUCAGUGGUCUGUUCCCCUCAGUGAUGAGUUUCCUUGGCAAGUGGAAGAGCAAAAUAACAACAGGACAGUUUGUACGUAAGCAGCCAGAUCUUUGGGGUGGGACACUUCAGAGUUGUGGAAGGUCUUUAUCUUCUGUACCAAGCAUAUUCAUAUUUGAACUCAGUUUUCAGAAGAGAAAUGUGUGGCUAAUUUUCCAGAUAGUUGACCCUGAAGAGAUGGGAAUGUUUAAGGUGAAAUGCCAUUCACUCCCCCAUCCUGACAACGCUGUAGGGACAUCAGAAGACACCAAGUGCUGGGGAGCCUUCCGAAUGGCUCAGGUCCAGUAGGCAGCACCUGAUGAACAGUCCACACUGCAAGUAUCAUGCAGGUCCUUUGUAAAUGGGAUUAAAUCAUGGAAAUUGGGCAGGGGAAGGCUAUAUACGUGAUGCUGAUGAUCUUUAGGAAGCCCUGUGGUUUGCGCAAUCUUUUUAAAAAAUUUUAGGAUAGGGAAAAAAAAUAUUUGUAGGACGGAAACAUUGCCCUAAAAUAUGAAGGGAGGCCUUGUUCUCCACCCUGUUCAGCAUACAGGGGGCUAUCAGUGGUGCCACUGUGGCUGAAGCUGAGAUUUCUUCGGGCAGCUCUCUCUCCUCUUCUGCCCCUUCAAGGGUAGCACUUCCCAAGAGCAGAACCUAAGCUGACUGGGAGAUGGGGGAGAGAAAUUCUGGCUAGAUUUGAAGGGAAGUGUCAAAACUGGAGUUUUUGUCAUAACAAACGUGAACCAAGACUGAGAGCACCAGGCCUGAGGGGUGCCAGGAAGGAACCUGGGACAGUGGGCUGGGGCUGUCUCCACCCCAGGCUGCACACUACCUGAGGAGGCCAGCCAGUCCACACGGGAUGGGCUGUAGCUGGGUGGCGUCGGAUCUGUGGGUGGGAACAGGCCUUGGGAAGACGUGUCACUAGGGGUCAGCUCCCACUGGAAGGUGAGGGAGCAGGAGUGUGUCCCGCAGAGGUACUGCGGUACCCAAAAGGCCAUAGACGGGCAUAUCUCUGGGUGAGGACAGAAGGAGUCUGGAGCCAAGCUGGGAAGAGCAGAGGUGUCCACAAGGCUGUGUUAUGGAACUUGGAUUUGUCUGCGAUAGACAUUGAAGGCCUUGAGUUUCAGUAUUUAAAAGACCGCUUCCCACAGACUCUGGACCCACUCACCCCAGACAUUCUGAAACUUUGGCUUUAGUGGAUCCUAGAGUGACUGGAGGGAGCUGGGUGUCUGAUGCCCAGAGCUUGGGCUAUGAGAACACGAGGGCUCCUGAAGGACAGCUGAAUGGGUCAGGGGGCGUUCACAAAGCCAUAGGCAGGGAGAGACAUGACUACUAGGCAGUGUCCCCAGACCUUGGAUUGAAGAACUUCCUCCUGAGGAGUUAGGGGACAGGGAAAUAGACCAC